AUGAAGAGUGACGUCUCCAAAGAUCUACCUGAUUUCAACAAUGAACCUGCUCCGAUGAAAACGUUGAAACAUCCAAUAAUCCUGUGUGGACGCUGGUUCUGCAGACGGAGCUCAUACCAGUUGGCUUCAUCGGAAUAUCUGGGAUAUGGAAUAAGAUCCAGAGCAAACCCUCCACAAGCAUAUGUCGUUCUGCAGGAGGUAGAUGAACAUAAGAUCAGUCUGAGGAGCAGAUGUGAACAUGUGACUGAGGGAAUUGAUGAAACAGGAAGUAGAACCCCCCUCAACAGGAUCUACACGGAGCACUUCAUCACAGAGGGACUGAGUGAAGGGGUUGAUACCCAACAUGAGGUGAGGCAGCUGGAGACAGCUUCCCAGAUGAAGAGCCUCCAUGACAUUCCAAUCAGGUGCCAGGACAUCUUUAAAGCCUUACCUGACCAACGUGGAGCCAUCAGAGUGGUUCUGACGAACGGCGUUGCUGGCGUUGGGAAAACCUUCUCGGUUCAGAAGUUCUCCUUGGACUGGGCCGAGGGCUCGGAGAACCAAGACGUCACCGUGGUGAUUCUGCUCUCGUUCAGGGAGCUGCACCUGAUCAGAGAUGAGCAGUUCAGUCUUCUCAGGCUGAUCCAGGUUUUCCAUCCAUCGUUACAGAAGCUCACAGCAGAGCAGCUGGCUGCCGGGAAACCGUUGUUCAUCCUUGACGGCCUGGAUGAAAGCAGACGUUCACUGGACUUCAACAACGGUCCGGUCGUGUCUGACGUCACACAGAGCUCAUCGGUCAACGUGCUGCUGACCAACCUCAUCCAGGGGAACCUGCUUCCCUCAGCUCUCAUCUGGAUAACUUCCAGACCUGCAGAAGCCAAUCAGAUCCCUCAGAAAUACGUCGACAGGGUGACAGAAGUACGAGGCUUCACCGACACCCAGAAGGAGGAAUACUUCAGGAGGAGGUUCAGGGAUGAAGAGCGGUCCAGCAGCAUCGUCUCCCACAUGAAGACAUCCAGAACCCUCCACAUCAUGUGUAAACUCCCUGUCUUCUGCUGGAUCACUGCUACAGUUCUGGACCACAUGUUGACCACAAAGAAGAGAGGAGAGCUGCCCAAGACCCUGACUGACAUGUUCUCCCACUUCCUGGUGGUCCAGACGAAGAGGAAGAAGAACAAGUACCACAAGGGACAUGAGACGAGUCCACAGGACCGGAUGGAGGCUGACAGGGACCUUCUUCUGAAGCUGGGGAGGCUGGCGUUUGAACAUCUGGAGAAAGGAAACAUCAUGUUCUACCAAGAAGACCUGGAGCAGUGUGGUCUUGAUGUCCCAGAGGCCUCGGUGUACUCAGGAGUUUGUACCCAGAUCUUCAGGAGAGAGUGUGAGAUCUUCCAGAAACCCGUCUACUGCUUUGUUCAUCUGAGCAUCCAGGAGUUCCUUGCUGCAGUCUACGUGCUCCACUGUUACUCCACCAGAAACACAGAUGUGCUAGAGAACUUCCUGGAAGGAAACUACAUAUAUUCAACUCUGGAUGACUUCCUGAAGAGAGUCAUGCAGAAAUCCCUGAAGAGUAAAAAUGGCCACCUGGACCUGUUUGUCCGCUUCCUUCAUGGUCUUUCUGUGGAGUCCAACCAGAGACUGUUAGGAGGUCUGCUGAACCAGAGGAAGAACUGUCCAAAAUCCAUCCGGAAAGUCAAACACAACCUGAAGAAGAUGUUCGCUGAGGAAAUCUCUCCUGACAGAAGCAUCAACGUCUUCCAGUGUCUGAUGGAGAUGAACAACCUCUCAGUUCAACAGCAGAUCCAAAAGUUCCUGAAGUCAGAGAACAAAUCAGAGAAGAAGCUCACUAAGAUCCAGUGUUCAGCUCUGGCCUCCAUGCUGCAGAUGUCGGAGGAGGUUCUGGACGAGUUGGACCUGAACAACUACAAGGCAAAAGAAGGGGGUCGACUGAGACUGAUUCCAGCUGUGAGGAACUGCAGAAAGGCUCGAUUUUUUGAUUGUGAACUCUCAGAGAGUCACUGUGAAGUUGUUGCGUCCGCUCUGAAGUCCAACUCCUCCCAUCUGACAGAACUGGACCUGAGUUGGAACCACCUGGAGGAUUCAGGAGUGAAGGUUCUGUCUGGUGGACUGGAGAGUCCAAACUGUAGACUGGAGACUCUGAGGUUGGAGAACUGCAGGUUGUCAGAGAUCAGCUGUUCUUCUCUGGUCUCAGCUCUGAAGUCCAACCCCUCCCAUCUGAAACAUCUGAAACAUCUGGGCCUGAGCUGGAACCAGCUUCAGGAUUCAGAAUUUAAACAUCUGUGUGGUUUCCUGGAGAGUCCAGACUGCAGACUGGAGACUCUGAGCUUGCAGCACUGCGGUCUGUCAGAGGUCAGCGGUUCUUCUCUGGUUUCAGCUCUGAAGUCCAACCCCUCCCAUCUGAAACAUCUGGACCUGAGAUUCAACUACAAGCUGCAGGAUUCAGAUGUGGAGCAGCUGUCUGACCUGGUGGAGAGUCCAGACUACCAGCUGCAGACUCUCAGGUCGGAGCACUGCAGUUUUUCAGAGAUCAUCUGUUCUUCUCUGGUCUCAGUUCUGGAGGCCAACCACUCUGAUCUGCAACAACUGGACCUGAGUUGGAACUACAACCUGCAGGAUUCAGAUGUGAAGCAGCUGUGUUGUUUCCUGGAGAAUCUAGACUGCAGACUGGAGACUCUGAGGUUGAAGAACUGCAGGUUGUCAGAGAUCAGCUGUUCUUCUCUGGUCUCAGCUCUGAAAUCCAACCCCUCCCAUCUGAAACAUCUGAAACAUCUGGACCUGAGCAGUAACCAGCUGCAGGAUUCAGGAGUGAAACAUCUGUUUGGAUUUCUGGAGAGUCCAGACUGCAUACUGGAGACUCUGAGUUUGGAGGAAUGCAGGUUGUCAGAGAUCAGCUGUUCUUCUCUGGUCUCAGCUCUGAAGUCCAACCCCUCCCAUCUGAAACAUCUGGGCCUGAGUAGGAACGACCUGAAGGCUGCAGAUGUGAAGCAGCUGUAUGACCUGGUGAAGAGUCCAGACUACCAGCUGCAGACUCUCAGGUUGAGGGACUGUAACUUCUCAGAGGACAUCUGUCCACUUCUGUCCUCAGUUCUCAGCUCUCAGUCCUCCAGUCUGACAGAACUGGACCUGAGUAACAAUGACCUGCAGGAUUCAGGACUGAAGAAGCUGUGUCCUGGACUGGAGAGUCCAGACUGUCACCUGGAGUCUCUCAGGUUGUCAGGCUGUCUGAUCUCAGAGGAAGGAAGUGCUUCUCUGGUCUCAGCUCUGAGCUCCAACCCCUCCCACCUGAGAGAGCUGGACCUGAGCUACAACCAUCCAGGAGAGUCAGCAGUGAAGCUUCUGUCUGCUGGACUGGAGGAUCCCCGCUGGAGACUGGACACUCUCAGGGUGGAUCCUGCUGGACAACGAUGGUUGACACCAGGUCCGAGGAAGUAUUCUUGUCAACUCACCAUUGACACAAACACAGUCCACAACAACAUCAAACUGUCUGACAACAACAGGAAGAUGACACAUGUGAAGGAGGAUCAGUCAUAUCCUGAUCAUCCAGACAGGUUUGAUUACUGGCCUCAGCUGCUGUGUAGAGAAGUUCUGACGGAUCGCUGUUACUGGGAGGUCCUGACGAGAGGAGGUGUUUCUGUAUCAGUGAGUUACAGAAGAAUCAGCAGGAAAGGAAACUCUGGUGACUGUGUGUUUGGAUGGAACCACCGUUCCUGGAGUGUGGAAUGUUCUGAUGAUGGUCGGUACUCUGUCUGGCACAAUAAGAGAGAAACAUCUUCCUCCUCCUCUUCCUCAGUCUCUGACAGAGCAGCAGUGUACGUGGACGUUCCUGCUGGAACUCUUUCCUUCUACAGCGUCUCCUCUGACAGACUGAUCCACCUCCACACCUUCAACACCCCGUUCACGGAACCUCUCUAUCCUGGGUUCGGGUUCUGGUCUAGUUCUGGUUCUUCAGUGUCUCUGUGUUGAGUUCAGUCUCAAGAGUCUCCUCCUGUCAGAAACUGUCUCUGUUGGACAGGUAGUUGAGUCUGUACAUGCCAUCCACCCAUCCAUCCAUCCAUCCAUCCAUCCAUCCAUCCAUCCAUCCAUCCACCCAUCCAUCCAUCCAUCCAUCCAUCCACCCACCAUCUCCAGAGAUCUGGAGCAGAUGCACAACAUCUCAGAUAUUUUUAUAUAUUUCCUUAAAAUUUUCCUUUAUUGAAGGGCGUUUGGUAUCAUCUGAUGAAUAAUUGCUGCAGGUUUCUGCAGCCUUUUGCCACUUUUCUUUUGGGUGAGCAAUUUUUUCCUCGUAGGGAUGGGUGUUAUCAGGACAAGAGCUUCUUACAUGGGAACUGGCCCUAAACUUUAUUUCUUAAUAUUCUUUCUCCUGCUGUUUUAAGUAGUUUGUUGGCUUUAGAUCUCUGCUAAUGUGUUAAGUACUUUGAAACAAUAUAUUUAAAAGUACUAUACAUUUUAUUAUUAGUAUAAUAACCUAAAAACUCAAUAUUGCAAACUUCUGCUACAGAUCAGUCAAGCAUUCAUUGUGAUAUGUUUUAUAUGUCUAAAACUGUUAUAAUGUAAUCAAAAUGUUACAAAAAUGAUGUGUUCAUCCCGUCACAGAAAAAUGGGGGGAGUAUAACAGAGUGGACAUUUUUUGCUACUUUUAGCUAUUAAUGAGCACAUGGUGGGUCUUCAGCUACAAAUGUGAUUCAGUAUUGAAUGUUACUAUACUGUUUAUCCAAUAUAUUUUGUAUUUCUGAUUUUUAUUUUUUAAAUAUUAAAAAAUAU